CGCAGCGCUCCUCGUAUGUUGGCAGUGGCCGCCGCCCUUGCUACUGCCAAUGGCCGCCGCGCCACUGUCAUACCGCUCCCUCGAUGCUUGAAUGAAUGUUCGUCCACUUGGCUACACUGACAGUCGCACACACGCGUCCCGUCUCCAGUGUCUCCACCGCUCUGAUCAUCAUCCCUGGUAACCAACGCGGUUCAAUUAAACGUAGCUUGACACAACUGAUACAGAUGCGCCAAUCGACACCUCCCAUCCCUGUCUGUGACGACCCCAGUGCGCCUGCGAUGAGACUUGAUAAACGUUGCCCUGCUCUGGGCCGUCCACACGGUCCUGCCUCCAGUGCAACACCUCUGACUGCCAUACACAGUACUGCGCCAGCGGCCCUGCUGUUUUCCUCCCUUCGCUGUCGUCGCCUGGUGCUUUUGCCCUCCUACCCUGCGAGCAUGCACUGAUUCACUCGUUUGCCUUCUGUCUCUUCCGUCCCACACUGAGCCAUGCUUGCGACCAGGAAACGGCCGCUGCCGCUGCUGGCUGCCCUCACGCUCGUUCUUGUCGUCAUCUUCUACCACAGAGAUCAUGCCGACCGCAUAUACCAGCAGUGGUCGACCUCGAUCGAGUCGCAUCCCAUGAAGCUGCCUGCAAAUCGCACACUGGGCUUUGGUGCUGUCGUUGUCGUCUCAAAAGAUGGCUCUGAACGCCGCCAUGCCCUGCUUCAGGCCGCGAACGUGACCGACGUUGACCUCACCAUUCCACAGCAACCGCAGUGGACUGAGGGCGACGUUCAACGAUUCAUCAAUGGCCAAGACAAUGCUCAGAGAGGCUCAAUACUAGCGUGGUUAGGCCACCACAACGCUCUUCGCUGGUUCUUGGAUUCUGGACUAGAGACAGCACUCAUUCUUGAAGACGACGUCGACUGGGACAUUCGCCUUCGCAGCAUUCAGAUUCCACUGGCAGCAAGCGCUGCACGCCAGCUCCUUCCACCACAACGAUCGUACCAUCCAUUUGCAAACUUCGGUAGCAAGCACGUGCAGUAUUGGGGCAACCACGAUGACUGGGAUCUACUCUAUCUUGGCCACUGCGGCGACUAUUUCGACGAGAUCACUGAAGAUGGACCAAAAGCUACCAACAGCCGCUACAACCUGACCGGCACACCCCACGUCUUGUACAAGGACUACACUCUGCCCAUGAGAUCCGACCUGCACCCUUUUACGCAAGCCCUGUUUGGCGCACUACAGAUGCCCGCGCACUCGCGAGUCUUUCACCGCUCAAAGUUCCCACUCUGCUCUUUCGGCUAUGCAGUCACGCGCCCGGCCGCCGAACGACUGCUCAACGACCUCGCACCGCCGAAGCUCCGUAAGAAGGGGCCCCGCGCAUUCGACGUCUCGCUCCUACACGCCUGCAACAAAGGGUCUAAGACGCCCUCACCCACGGCAAACUGGAGAAAUCCCAAACCUCACCCCAACCCCAAGUUACGGUACAAGUAUGCGAGCCCCGGUCUACGCUGCUGGACACUGAACUCCGAGCUAUUCCACCACAUGCCAGGGCAGAGUGAAAUCGCAGAGAUUGGCGCAAGAGCUGGAGAAGAAGAGGCUGGCAUCCCACCCGUUGAUCUAGCUGGCCAAGCGCAAGUUAUCUACCGGAAUGAGACGACGAACAUUGACUGCGGAUUUUGGAGCGGCGCAUUCGCAUUUGACGAAAACGACACAGACCAGCUCCGCACACUGCAAGAAAAAGUUGGGCGAGAAGGCAGGUGCCUGAAAGAAGGCCGACGAGAGACAGACGAGACGCUCCAGAAGCUCAUGGACUAGAAGCCCGGAGCUGCGCAGUGGUCACGCACCCAUUGAACCAACAAGCAAAGCUCAUCCACUGAGCGUCCACAUCAACUGUACAAAUGACAUAUUGACAGCAUCUCUCCAACGUUUGAUUACGGUGCUACACAGGAGUUAUACGACGUGUAUUGAGCACGGCAUGUUCCUAUCAUGAUUUUCGGAUACCAUGCAGCAAGGACUGCGCAUACGGCGCAUGUAGGCUUUUUGAUUUCAGUCCAGCAUGAACAAACAAC